AUGGUUGAGAUACUCUUUCAAAGUGGAACUUCAACAUACCUUAUACUGUCAGUUCUCUUAGCACUGACAGUAUAUGCAAUCUUCCUCUGGUUGUUCAAUAAAACAGUCAAAAAUCUACCUCCUGGUCCCCGAGACUGGGCUACAACUUGGAAAAUCAUGAAAGCCACAAAGGAACAGACCAUGCAUGAGCUGGCUAUAGAAUGGGCACGACGAUACGGACCACUGACCUUUAUCACCUAUUUGGGACAGAAGAUUCUCUACCUGAAUUCUGCAGACAUAACUCGCCAACUUCUGGCAUCUGAUGAGUCGAAAUUUUUGCUAGCCGACAGACCGGAGAUUACCCCGUCAAAACUAGCUGCGUACAAUGGCAAAGAUUUGGUAUUUUCUAAAUAUGACGCUAUAAUGAAAAAGAAGCGUAGACUGUUCCACAAUGUUCUUCACCUCUAUGGAGACGGGAUAGAAAAGUUUGAGAACGUUGUUUCAGGCGAGAUGGACAGACUCAUGACGGAGCUUGAACAAUUUGAAAAUCAAGACAUCGAAUUCUGGAGGUAUCUAGCCAGAUCUUUGAAAAUUGUAAUCUACAUUUUAAGAACAUGGGUUCCAGAUAAACCUAGAGGCAUCGCUGAUCUACUGUUUGAUAUAGAGAACAAACCAGGCUAUCAGUGGAUGGAGGAGGAUUCUCAGCACGCCAUUGCUUUUCUGAUGUCCCUGUUUUGGUCAGCUCACCUCACUUCAAGAGCGACAGUUCUGGGCGUCUUUCUGUGUUUACUCAACUACCCGGCAGUGACCAAGAAGCUUCAGGAGGAGAUUGACCAUAUUGUAGGUGACCGGCUACCAAAAUUGGAGGAUAAAUCCAACAUGCCUUACAUGGAAGCUACAAUUAUAGAAACCUUGCGUCUGAUCAGUCAAGUUCCGGCGUGUGGUUUAAGGACGUGUUCUGAAAAUAUUAAUUUUGAUGGAAUGACCAUCCCAAAAGGCACCAGGAUUAUGAUUAACAACUGGUUCUUCCAUCACAAUGAAGACAUUUUUGAAGACCCAUGGACCUUCAAACCCGAGCGUUUCCUUGACGACAAUGGUGGACUCUUGCCUCCUGAUCAUCCUCUUAGAAAGAGCUUACUUCCCUUUGGCAUAGGACUUCGCUCGUGCCCGGGAGAAAUCUUUGCCAGAUCACGCGUUUUCAUGUUUGUGACUUUGAUACUGCAGAAGUACGACAUUCUCCCUCCGGUCAACGAGAAAUUAGUUCUUGCAGAUUUUCAAGCCAACCAUGAGGACGCCAGAGGUUUCAUUCGCCAAGUGCAGCCGUAUAAAUGCCGUUUGCAACGUCGUCAAAGAACUGGCUAA